AUGUCCUCAACAGUCCCCAUCACCACAGACACCCUCCCCAGUAAUGUGCCCAAGCUCAAUGUCAAAGGCACGAACUGGGCAAUCUUCUCGCUCCGGUUCCAGAUUGCCGUCGAGGCGAAGGAGCUGUGGAAAUGUUUCGACGGAACGACGUCACGUCCCAUGGGGGCAUCUAGCACUGCCCAGGACGGAACAGUUACCGUUGUGGGGGAUUCUACUGAGGCAGUCUCUCAAAUAAUGAGAGGGAUCAAGGAGAUGGCUAGAGCCUAA